AUGAUCGAGUCUGCAUACAAUGAAUACCGACAUAGGGUAGAAAAACACCUCACCGAGGAUCCUAAAGCUUUUUGGAACUAUGUGAAAUCUAAAAGAGGGUCACGAAAUCGGACAAAAAUAGUUAAGGAUGGUAUCGUAUUGGCGGAGGAACAAUGUGCUGAUGAGUUCGCUAGAUACUUUCACUCGGUAUAUAAAACGGAGAAUCCUAAUCUAGACGUGGAGGCGGCGGUAGCAGCAUCGGGCGGCGGCAACGCGGCGGCGCGGGUGCAGCUGCAGCGGCGCGACGUGUGCGCCGCGCUCGCGCGCCUGCCGCCCAAGCGCUCCGCUGGGCCCGACGGGAUACCAGCUUUUCUCUUCAAGGAUUGUAGAUACGCGCUUUCAGAUCCGCUCCUUCACAUUUACAAUGUUUGUUUGCAGAGGAUGGAGUAUCCUGAAAAAUGGAAAUUAUCUAGGGUGAUCCCGGUGCCAAAGGGGGCUGCCAGCUCAAGUGUAGAUGGCUACAGGCCCGUGGCGGUACUUUCGACUCCUGCUAAAGUCUUCGAAUCAGCUGUGCAGAAGAGCUUGUUAGUUCAAGUUCAGUCACAGCUAUCGGACGUGCAACACGGAUUCCGGCCAGGCCACAGCACCACCAGCAACCUGCUCAACUACAUGUGUCAGGUGUUACCGGAAGUCGACGGCGGAGCCUCGGCGGCGCCCGUGACCGUGACAGCCGUCGAAGGUCAAGAAAAACUUAAACUGGACACGUGGGUUUACGCAAGCAACCUGUACUAUCUACCACUACCAUGA